AUGAUGCGAGUGAAUUUCAAAACAAUUUUGCUUGUAUUGGUUGUCGCAACAUUAACUUUUUUACUUACAUCAUGGAAUUAUUGUGGAAAUAGUUUGCUCUUUCAUACUGCGGAUUGGAAAACAAAAUACCAGCAUAAGGAUCGUUUAAGUACAGAAUCAGGAUAUCAAGAAAUAGAUUGUCAUAUAAAUGGCGAUUACUCGAUAGGAUGUCGUAAAGAAGGCGAUGAAGUAUACAUACCAUUUUCGUUUAUCCAUAAAUACUUUGAGAUUUAUGGAAAGUUAGCUACUUAUGAUGGUUUGGAGAGAUUUGAAUGGCUGCACAGUUAUUCAAAGAUUGUGAGUCCCAAGGGAAAAUAUGAUUCUCGAGGUGUAUUUAUGACAUUUGAAAAUUACAAUGUUGAAGUAAGAGACAGAGUUAAAUGUAUCAGUGGCAUCGACGGUGUACCAAUAUCGACGCAGUGGGAGAGUCAAGGAUACUAUUAUCCUACACAAAUUGCUCAGUUUGGAUUAUCACAUUAUAGUAAGAAUUUAACCGAACCAGAACCACAUAGGAAAAUUAUUGAGGAUUCUGAUAAAGUUAAGCAAAAUUGGAAUGUUCCUCAAGGUUCGAUUAUGAGCAGAGUGUACGAUAAACAAGUUAACAGUUAUGUUGUAAAAUUUGCGACACCGGAAACUAGCAGUUCUGGAAUUUCUUUAACAUUAGACCAUGUGCUGGAUUUCGUUUUAAAAUGGGAUCUCAAUAUUAAGGACAAUGGAAGUGUUACGGUUGUACUCGAAUCGAGAGAGAAAAAAGAAACAUAUUACCUUCACUAUGUUACCAGCAAUACAGUAUUGUAUAGUUCUAAUACUCAUGUAUACUAUGGAAUUGGACUAGCUAAUCAUCAAUGGAAGCGUUUUACUAGAGACCUUUUAAUUGACUUACAGAAAGGUCUUUAUUUAAAUGAUAAAAGUAGGAAGAAAUUACCCCGAUCCAAGUUAAAAGUAGUUAAAAUUACCUUGUAUGGUUCCGGUAUGAUUGACAAUAUGACAUUAUCGACUAGCGAACAUAUGGAGCAAUUUUACGAUGCAGCAAGAUGGUUCGUCGCUAAUCAAAAUAUCACUUCUGGUGGUUGGCCCAAUCCUGUCAAGAGAAAAGUAGCACCUGGAAUGGCUAUUCUUGAGCCUGGAUGGUAUUCCAGUAUGGGUCAGGGUCACGCGAUAUCAGUGCUGGCGCGCGCAUAUCAUCAUUCCGGGGAAGCAAAGUACUUACAAGCCGCUAUUAGAGGCUUGCGACCUUUUAGAUUAUCCUCUGCUAAAGGAGGAGUAGCCGCGCUCUUCUUAGGUAAAUACAUCUGGUACGAGGAGUAUCCUACAAUCCCCUCUUCUUUCAUUCUUAACGGUUUUAUUUAUUCACUUAUCGGUCUUUACGAUCUGAAAAUGAUAGCGACAGCUAAAGACGCGGAGGAAGCGUCGAAACUCUUCAAUCAGGGUAUGACAUCGUUAAAGAAUAUGUUAACGUUAUACGAUACUGGUUCAGGCACGACGUAUGAUUUACGUCACUUCACUUUGAAGACUGCACCCAAUUUGGCUAGAUGGGAUUAUCAUUCUACUCAUAUUAAUCAACUCCUUCUCCUCAAUUCUAUCGACAAUGAUUCUAUUUUUAUUACGACCGCGGAAAGAUGGAUAGGUUACAUGAAUGGCAAAAGAGCGGCCCACAAUUGAUUGCAUGCAUUUCUAAAAUAUCCCUUUUUUUCUCUUUAUUUCAACAAUUUAAGUUACCUCUUUUAUGUGUAUGUAUAUAU